AUGGAAGCUAGUGGUGAAGGUGAACGUGGCAGUCUUGAACAUGGUGGAAGUAGUGGUGGUAGGAAUGGUGGUCAGAGAGGUGACAGAGCUAGCAGGAGGGGAGCUAGUAGUGAGAGAGGUGACGCUUCAAACAAAGAUGGAAUUGCUGGGAAAGCAGCUGGUGGUGAAAGGGUUGAAAUACUUGAAGUUAAAAGUGCUGAUGAAUAUGUACGUAUAGAAGUACAAUGUCCUGGAAUCCCAACCAUAUUUUUCAAUGAUCGAGUUCUUACAGAACCACCAUGCAAGCCCAACACAAAGAAACAUUUGACAUCGGAGCCUUCAUAA